CGUAUUUCUGUAUAUGUAUGUGUAUGUGUGCAUGAUGUGCAGCGACUUGGAUCUCAAUAUGGCGACACAUCCGGCGUAUCGCUCAUUCGGUUACAUUCCGACUUGGUUGUAACCUCGGUGAGACGUACGCCCGAAAGAUAAUCCGCCUUCGUGAAUGGCUUGCUUAUGUAGUUCAUAGCUUGCUAGUAGUACAACAACACGGCGGAUGUGGCUACGUGACUUUCGCAUGCUGACGAAGAGCGCAACAUAAGGAUUUCAUAAGGAUUUAUCGCGUCCCUUCACCGUCCGCCAUCGUCGCUGCUUUGCUUCUGCUGUAAUUGAAUGUGUUUCAUUGCAUUUUAUCAUGCACAGGACAACGCGCGCAACAAUCCGUCGUGUGGAGAAUCAUGCGAAUAAUAUGGUUAAAGGAAGGCGGAAACGUGGCAUAGAAAAAAAUGUAACAAAGACUAUAUCUUCACCCGUGCACAGCAAUGUAAAUUCACCUGUGAAAAAAGAAAGUAAAUUUGAUACUGCCGAAAAAGAGGUAGAUAAAAUAUCAUCUACAUCAGAAACAUAUAACUCUCCUACAUGCAUAGCUCAUUCUUAUAAACAAGAUUCAUAUGCAAAAGUUACAAAAGCAAAAAGUCCUAUGUCGAUUACCCAUUAUCUUUUUAAAAAUGCGCAAGUUCCAAUAUGUGUUCAAGCGAAAAAUGAGAUUAUCUCUGAUGUAGAACAAUUUAAAACCGAUGAAACACCAGUGGCCGUUCCAAUUCAUGGACCAUCUACACCACAUAGAAUCAAUAUGCCAUCAGAUGAUUUAGAUGAGGAAGCUAUAAUUAAUGAAAAGCAAUCUGUGAUUACAUUACUUAGCCCGUUACAAGUUGUAAAGAAGUCUGCCUCGCGUGGACGUAAAAAAGCAGCCUCUAAUCAAUCCAUCAACCAUCGUUUAUCAAAGUUGCCAGGUACGAAUGCAACGAAUCAUUCGAUUACUGACUACUUUCCAGUUCGUCGUAGUGUCAGAAAAAGUAAGAAGGCUGUAUUGGAAGAGAAACAACGUGAUUUGGAAAAUAAGGUGCUUUGUCAGGUGGAGGAAGGCUUAGAGAUCAAAAAUUUUCCGGGCAAAGGUCGUGGAAUCAUAACGACGCGACAAUUUGCUAAAGGCGAAUUUGUGGUAGAAUACAUUGGCGAAUUAAUCAAUCAAGGGAAGGCAAAGGAGCGCGAGAAGGCGUAUGCGCAAGAUCAAAAUACCGGAUGCUAUAUGUAUUACUUUCAACAUCGUAAUCAGCAGUAUUGUGUUGAUGCAACAGCGGAGACUGACAAACUUGGUAGAUUGGUAAAUCAUUCAAGAAAUGGUAAUUUAAUUGCACGAAUCAUAGAGGUAUGUUCAACGCCACAUCUGGUACUUACAGCAAAAGAAGAUAUACCGAUUGGUGUAGAGGUCACGUAUGAUUACGGAGAUCGAAGUCGCGAAUCCAUUCGUCAUCAUCCAUGGUUGGCGUUAUAGCACUUCCAUUUCAUUAUUUAUAUAGCAUUUUGCUACACUGUAGAAAAAAUAUCCAUUUUUCUUCCUUCUAAGAAGGAACUUAACGUAUGCGACGAAUUAUGUACAAAGAUAUGUCUUCAAAGCGAGACCGUGGUAUGUAUAUUUAUGAAUGCGCGAUUUUAUGAGCUUUUACGCUUGAAAUGUUUCUCUACUUUCAUUGAAAUUAAUUUAAUUGGAUUAUUUAUAAAAAAAAAGAAUUAUAUCAAAUUAAUUAGAUAAUACAAAUUUACACCAAUGACAUUUGUCGCUUAUAUUAGAAAAUUAUUUAUAUAUACAAAAUAUUGUAACAACACUAGCUUUCUUAAUGUAGCGCGACAUCACAAAUCAUUUGUUAUUAAAUUCUAUAUUUAAUUUAUUCUUUCUAAUAGUGAAAUUUCUAAGUGACAGUGUUGUUGCAUAGUAUUAUUAAUUAAAUUUGAACUUCUGUAUUUGAUAUUUGGAUCUUAUGAUUAUUUGUAGCACAAAGUGCUUCAUCUAACUUUAGUCUAGCAUCUAUUAACAAUGAUCAAGCUUGAAUUUCCAUUUACUAGACUAAAGAUUUUUAGUUGAAGAGUUUGUGAUACAUGUGGACACAGCUACGAAUAUAUUCCUCUAAAAAAAUAUAUAUAUCUAAUCAAUGACUAUCAGAGAGAAAGACUUUUUCUUCAAAUAUUUGUAUAACGCGCGAUAACUUUGAAUUGCUUUGUGAGUUUUUCACUGCCACUUGGGUGCGAGAUAGAUAUUUCCCAAAAGAUAAUUGUACAUUAUAUGACGACAUGUGCGGAUGAUAUUUUUUAAUUAUAUUCAUCUCCUUUAAAAUAAUUCAUUUAAUUUUAAAAUAAUUCAUUAGAUAACUUUCUUUACUAGAUAAAAGUACAAUUGUUUCAUUCUUACGCACACUUUAUCAUAUACUAUUUAUAGCAUAAAUAAGCACACACCUUAUUUAAUAUUAUAAUACUGCUCAUGUAUUUUUACAUUGCUGCUAUUUUAGUAUGUUCCCAUUCUACUUCACAGUUUACCUAAGAAUAAUUAGUUAAAUCGUAAUCGAUCUUCUCCCCAUUCCUUUUUUAAGCUUUUAAUCUUAAAAAAAUAAUUUCAUAAUAGAUAAAUAUAUGUAUAAUACAGAGAGGAAACGAGAAAAAUUUUUUAU